AUGGCGUUCGAGGGGAUUUUGUUGGGCAUGGGUAACCCACUUCUUGAUAUUUCAGCUGUUGUGGAUGAGGAGUUCUUGUCUAAAUAUGAGAUCAAGUUGAACAAUGCCAUUCUUGCUGAAGACAAGCACUUGCCCAUGUAUGAUGAAAUGGCUUCCAAAUCUAAUGUGGAGUAUAUUGCUGGAGGUGCUACACAAAAUUCAAUCAAAGUUGCUCAGUGGAUGCUCCAAAUUCCUGGUGCCACUAGUUACAUUGGCUGCAUUGGGAAGGAUAAAUUUGGUGAGGAGAUGAAGAAAAACUCAAAGCAAGCCGGCCUUAAUGUGCAUUAUCUUGAGGAUGAGAGCACACCAACUGGAACUUGUGCUGUUUGUGUUGUUGGCGGUGAGAGGUCACUUGUGGCCAACUUGUCAGCUGCAAAUUGUUACAAAGCUGAUCACUUGAAGAAACCAGAAAAUUGGGCAUUAGUUGAAAAGGCAAAGUAUUACUACAUUGCUGGCUUUUUCCUUACUGUGUCUCCCGAGUCCAUUCAACUUGUUGCUGAACAUGCAGUAGCAAAUAACAAGGUCUUCAUGAUGAACCUCUCUGCUCCAUUUAUCUGUGAGUUCUUCAGGGAUGCCCAAGAGAAAGCUCUGCCAUACAUGGACUAUGUGUUUGGAAAUGAGACAGAAGCUAGAACCUUCUCGAAGGUUCACGGAUGGCAGACUGAUAAUGUUGAGGAGAUUGCACUGAAGAUCUCUCAGUGGCCCAAAGCCUCUGGAACACACAAGAGAAUCACUGUGAUCACUCAAGGUGCAGAUCCUGUUGUAGUUGCUGAGGAUGGGAAGGUGAAAUUAUUCCCUGUGAUCUUAUUACCCAAGGAAAAGUUGGUCGAUACCAAUGGAGCAGGUGAUGCUUUUGUUGGGGGAUUUUUGUCACAAUUGAUUCUAGAGAAGCCCAUUGAAGAUUGCGUAAGGGCUGGUUGCUAUGCGGCAAAUGUCGUUAUUCAAAGGUCAGGAUGCACUUGUCCUGAAAAGCCUGAUUUCAAUUAGGCUUAUUAUUCCUGAUGGCCCAGAAUUCAUGUUUUCCAGUUCUGGUAGAGUUAGUUUCUUUCCAUGGAGGCCGCCUGUAUUAUUUGCUCCUGAACCCAUAUAUAUGGUGAAGGAGUUUUAUCUACUUUGAUUGUUAAAUUUCCGGUGAGAAUUUGUGUGACAUUAUUUUUUUACAAAUAGAACGGUUUAUAUUUUAUGAUA